CCCUUCGUAGUGCAUUCUGGGGAGUGUGGUUUGCUGUGUCCCUGAGGCGUUCCGCAGGCGGACUCGUCCUCUUCUGAGAAACUACCGCCCUGGAAGGAAGCGUCCGUUUAGUUUCGUUACCCGUGGUCCAGGCUUGGUGGCCUCAGAGGGUGUUCCCUGGAGGGGCCUAGCUGCACCAGGGCUGCUUUUCCUGACUUGCCCUCUUACUUGAGCAGAACACACCGAAAGUAAUUGGAAUCCUCUAGAAAUGGAUAAAUUCGUCAUUCGAACACCAAGAAUCCAGAAUAGUCCUCAGAAGAAAGAUCCCGGAGGAAAGAUUUACAAGCAAGCCACGAUUGAAUCUCUGAAGAGAGUUGUGGUUAUAGAAGACAUAAAAAGAUGGAAAACUACAUUGGAGCUUCCUGAUCAAACCAAAGAGAAUCUAGUUGAAGCCUUACGAGAAUUAAAGAAGAAAAUACCCUCCAAGGAAGUGUUAAAAUCAACAAGGAUAGGUCAUACUGUAAACAAGAUGCGUCAACACUCAGAUUCAGAAGUCGCUUGUCUCGCCAGAGAAGUUUACACUGAGUGGAGAACUUUCAUUGAGAAACAUUCUAAUAAACCUUCUAUUGAAGUACGAAGUGAUCCCAAAACCGAGACAUUUAGGAAAAACGCCCAGAAAUUAAUCUCAGAAGCCUUGGAAUUAGAGAUGGAUCACCUACUGGUUGAAAAUAUUGAGCGGGAAACGUUUCAUCUCUGCUCCCGCCUCAUUAAUGGGCCAUACCGGCGGACGGUGAGAGCCCUGGUCUUCACAUUAAAGCACCGAGCUGAAAUCCGGGCUCAGGUGAAGAACGGCUCACUGCCGGUCGGCACGUUUGUACAGACCCACAAAAAGUGACCUGAAGAUGGUUCUAACCCUGGGCUGAGCAGAAAGGAAAUGUCAUUCAAAGACUCUUUUGAGUUUGGGUGAUGGCUGAUGCUGGCUGUGCUGAAUUUUCCCAUGGUGCCAUUCCUUCAGACAGAGGAUGCAGAGAGCCCUGGGAGACAGGCCUGCAGGAAAUGCUUCAUUAGCUGUAGUACACUGGUGCUGCCUAACAGGACAUGCACUAGCUGUCACUAGGAAGCGCUGCUGUGCGGUUGCCAUCACCCAACACAGCGAAAAGGUGAUGGAUUUCACUGCGAGUGUGCCAAGGACACCUCUAAACUUCCCCCAUGUCAGGCAGAUGAAGUUAGUACUUUAUUUCGCCACCCUGCAGGUAACUGAAACUCAAUUACUGCUGCCGCUCACUCGGUUCCAUCCCCCUGAGUUUAGAUAGCUCUGGUGCCUCUCAGAACUCCCCUGUCUGUUCUCUUUUCUCUACCCCAGGGGUGAGCCUGCCGGAGCCAGCCAACUACCCCUUCUUCCCAGAACUCACUUAUCUGAACAUUUCAGCUCUCCCUGGAAGACCUUCUGCGCUGGUCUCUGGAGCCCCCAUGCUGAGGCUUCUAAUGAGGAACUGGCCUGAAGCUUCCCCACAUCUUGGGGUUUAUUUGAAUAUGUUGGCUCUUUCAGUUUAGGGCUCUAUAGAAGAUAAUAACAUGAUGAAAUUCCUCUUGAAAUGAAUUACUGUAGUAGAAAAAUUACAUGCAUAUAGAUUUUAAAAUGAAAUACCUCUAUAUAGGUCUGCUCGAACAACUAUGUAAAUGAUAUUUGCUUUUUUAAAGUAAUAAUAAACUGAGACUUUUUUUUCCAAAACAAAA